UUUGACUUUUGAAACAACUAAUAAAUAAAUAGAAUUCUCUACAUCAUAACUCUUUCUAAUAUAAGCUGGCUGUCCAUAUCGAAAUUGCUUCUUGAAACAUAUGGACAAUUUGCUAAUCUUCUUUGUCUCUUUUCUUCUCUUUUCAUCUAUCUAUGCAAAACAUGAUUGCCCCCUGGAUUCCAUCUGCGGAAAUAAUCGCUUUGACAUACGAUUUCCUUUUGGAUUAGAAGGGCCAGAAAAUCUUCAGCACUGUACAUAUCCCGGUUUCAAUCUUAAAUGCAACAAUCAAGGUAGAGCAAUUCUAAAUCUUCCAGGUGCAGGGGAUUUUUAUGUACGCGAUAUCGACUACCUCACACAAGAAAUUCAACUCUACGAUCCAUCUAAUUGCCUCCCAAAACGGCUUAUAAAUUUUCAAUUUCCUCCUUCGUCUAACUUCAAGGCUGUAUUUUAUCGGAACUAUACUUUCUUGACUUGUUCCACAGAUUUGGUCACGUCAAAAUUCAGUGUUAUUGGUUGUAUGAGUAAUUCUACUAUCUCAACUUUGGCUACUUCUUCAAUGAGUCUUGCAAACCAAAUGAAAAGUUUGUAUAACUGCAGUGUACUGAAUAGCACUUUGCCUCUUCCUGUUUCGUGGACUCCUAAAUAUGAGGCAGUUUUUUCAAGUGACCUUAAUAAUGAUCUUGUGUUAAUAUGGGAUGAACCGAAUUGCCAAGAUUGUGAAGCGAAACGAGAUUUUUGUGGGUUUAAGAAUUCAACUAAUGGAGAAAUUCAAUGCUUUGAUGUUCCUGGAACAGGCAAUGCAAAAGGUAUACAAAUUUUCAGAAUUGUUGCACUAUCCUUAGUGAUACCAGCCAUCACAUGUUCAAUGGCUGUGACAUGUUACAUCUGCUAUGAGCAAAGCCGAGACAGCCGCCGAGCGGCGGCUGCUCUCCAGAAUACUACUGGCGGAGCAGCCAUAGCACCACAACCGGAAACGACUAAUGGGCUCGACGAUUCGACGAUCGAAUCGUACACGAAAGUUGUCUUGGGAGAAAGUCGGAGAGUUCCAGGGCCAAAUCAUGGAACAUGUCCAAUAUGUUUGGGAGAGUAUCAUGCAAAAGAGAUAGUGAGAAGCAUACCUGAGUGUGAACAUUGCUUCCAUGCUGAAUGCAUUGAUGAAUGGUUAAAGAUUAAUGGUACUUGUCCUGUUUGUAGAAAUACUCCUUCUCCUGCUCAUGUUAAUUCUUCAUAAUGCACUUGUCUGUAUAUGCAUUUUAUCUUUCUAAUCAAACUUUUUUUUUUUUUGGUUACUUACAUUGUUUGACACAUUCUAUUUUUGAAAUUAAUAUUAUAUAUCUCAAUUCAAACUUGUACAUAUUCUCAUUGAACGAUUGUUAAGAUCAUUGUUGUAAGAUGCUAAUUCAUUUAUUUGCGUGUGAAGAAGUUUGGCUAGUUUUCCUUGCUCGGAUGUUUUAUUCACAUACUUAUGUGCUUUAAAUUGAAUGUAUUCGGAGAAUUUUUAUGAAAGGCUUUUAUU